UGGGAGGACUUGGUAAUCGCAUAAUUGGAAAUUACCUCCCUUGGUGCCGCGCCUGGGGCAGUGGUAUAUUAUCCUCUAUUACGACCUAACCCUAAGCCCUUCGUCGUCCCGUCCGGUCGCUGCGAAAGGAGGAUCCCCAACACAGAAGCCAACCAAAAACCAGCUCUUCUUUCAGCCCUUGCUGAGCCGCAGUACUGUCGCUAUCGCUUUUCACUUUCUCGGUGCACUUUACUUCGUCAGUUUUUCAAUCUUUGGUAUGUUGCUCUCGUUAGUCGUCACUUAUAUCUAAUAACUGCGUGUUAACAAAAGAUACGCUCAUGUUCGUGCUGAGGAACAUGAUUACUUUUCGAGUAAUUUAUGGUGGGUAGGACGUUGGCAAUCUUGGAUUUACAUUUUUCUUAGUCAGCUUCCUCGUUAUCUGGACGAGGGUGGGGCAUUUAGUUGGUUUAAUGGUGGAAUACAUUUACCAAUAACAGCAUUGAUCAACUUUUUGGUUCCCCCGAUUAUUUAUUUAUUUGUUUCAUUCCACUUUCUUGUAUCUUAGAAAUCAUAAAUUUUUAUUUGAUUGUUAUGUUCGUACUUGUGCCGUAAAGGCUAGCACUAGAAGAAAUGAACAAAUUGGCCUCAAACUUUCUCAAUCAUGCUUCUGUGCAUCCCCUGUACCGAAUUGGUGCGAAGAAUUUCUUCAAUUUAUGUCCUAUUAGUUGGGAUUUAUGGACUAAAGAUCGUGACUCAGGGACCCAGCUUCUUGAAUUUUGUCUCCAUUUUGUUAAUUGAUAGAACAUUAUUGUAUUUCUGUUUCAAAAUUUGUAUGUAGUUUUUCCACUGACGACCUUGGAUGAUGAAGUUGGACCAAGAGUAUUAGCUACUUAUAAUGUAACACCAAUGUUUUGUAUGACAAUGUCCUUUUGUAUGUUGAUAUGAAAGGAAGAAAACAUUUACUCCAUUCCUCUUUGGAAUCGAAUGCAACAUAAUUGAGGAUUUCACGGAUCAUCUAAAGUUAAUCAACAGAGGACAUCCUACAUAUUUUUUCAGGAUUGUUUUCUCAAUGCUGUUAAGAGAGCUGAGUAAGAUGACAAGCGCUUGGACACAUAUGAGCAUUGCAAUCAUACAUAGGGAUAUAGAGAGGGAAUGGGAGAAUCAUUGUGGAGUUAUGGGUAUUAUUUUUAUAAAUGGAGCUACUUGCUCACUCUCUGACGAGCUAUGCACUGCUAAAUUUCUGGAGAGGAUGAGGAGAUACAAAAUUUAUUUCAAUAUUAUAAUACCUUUGGAGCAUCUGGGAGCAAAUGAGCAAUGGAAUUGUGGAGCACGGCUCACAUCGAGGAUUGCUCUCUUGGUUUGCUUCAUUGAUUUUUGUUCUGCCUUAUUUGGAGAGUGAAGUUGUUGAUGCAGAUGGCAAUUGGUUAUGGUGGAAGAUGGUGUUUCUUUCCUUUGGAUGAUUUGUUGAACAGAUGUAUGAUGUUAUGACAUACAUGUGCAGGAAUAAUAUUCAAACUUGCCUGGAGUAAUUUGUUGCCUUGAAGAUGAGUAGUCGUUUUUCUCGCACAAUAUAUGUUGGAAACUUGCCCUCAGACAUAAAAGAGUAUGAAAUUGAAGAUUUGUUCUACAAGUAUGGCCGAAUUUUGGAUAUUGAAUUGAAGAUUCCACCACGCCCUCCAUGUUAUUGUUUUGUGGAGUUUGAGAAUGUUAGGGAUGCAGAAGAUGCAAUCCGAGCUCGUGAUGGAUAUAAUUUUGAUGGCUGCCGUCUAAGGGUUGAGCUUGCACAUGGUGGUAGAGGCCCUUCAUCUAGUGAUCGUCGUAGCAGUUAUGGUGGUGGUGGUAGUGGUGGUGGAGGAGGGGCAGGGGGAGGACGUUUUGGUGUUUCAAAACGCUCAGAAUAUCGAGUUAUUGUACGUGGUCUUCCAUCAUCUGCUUCUUGGCAGGAUUUGAAGGAUCAUAUGCGCAAGGCUGGUGAUGUGUGUUUUGCUGAAGUUUCCCGUGACAGCGAAGGGACGUUCGGAAUUGUUGAUUAUACUAACUAUGACGAUAUGAAAUAUGCUAUGCGAAAACUUGAUGAUACUGAAUUCAGAAAUCCUUGGGCGAGAGCAUACAUUCGGGUGAAGAAGUAUGAUGGAAGUCCCACAAGGAGUCGGAGCCGGAGCCGGAGCCGGAGUCGUAGCCGUAGCCGUAGCCGAAGCCGGAGCCGGAGCCGUAGCCGUAGCCGUAGCCGUAGCCGGCCUGCUAGACGAAAUAGGAGCAAAUCAGCAGAACGAUCUGUUUCCAGAUCGGUUUCAAGAUCAAGAUCUCCAUCCCCUGUUAAAUCUUCAAGGCCACGGUCAAAAUCAAGAUCUGGAUCACCACGUCAGGCACGAGAAGGAAGUGAAUGAUGGAGAGCUAUUUAUAUUAACGGUUGUUAUAAUAUUCGGGAUGCGACAUUGCGUUGGAAUUUGUUUUAGUUUAGGACCUAUGCAGACUGGUUAUAUGAGUUGAGUUGGAUGGAAAAUGGCAUGAGUUCUGUAUGCAUAUUCUUUUAAAUCCUUCCUAACAUAUCGACUUAAGAUUAUUUUGUUUGGAGACAUUUUUUAGGUAUCUGCAUGCUAAGUUUACUUACAUGCACAGUGGUUUCCCUUUGUUUGAAAGUUGAAAAUGAGAUUGUUAUUAAAUAGGGUUUAAGAUUUUGGACCUUGUAACUAGAAAUGUGAGUAACGAUUAGUUUACCACCAUCCAAA